AUGACCAUCUUUCUGCUCCGACUUUGCUUUCUAUCGGCGUGCUCCAACAUUCUUUUAAAUGAAAACCAAUUGAAUCUUCUAAGGGCCUACAUCGCUACCAGAAGAGUUCUGCCCACUCCUUUCAAGUCCCGCUCUCGUCGCAGCAACAGCGCUCCCUCCAGUCCCCCAGGGAAAGGGAAGCGCCGCAGGGCAUCGAGCCUGGCUUUCAACCCUGAGUUUUUGCAUCACGUCUCGCAGUCGUUUGCGCGUUCAAGGGCUACGUACAAGAGGCCGCGGGCCAAGUUUGAGAACGAGAGAGGUGUCGGAGAGGCCUUGUUUGCGCCGAUGGUCAUGGAGGACCCCCCUCAUCUUGGUCCUUCCGCCACUAUAACAGAGGCAUCGGAGAUCAGCAAGCCCGAACGACCAUCCACUGGAGCAUCCGAGGUAAUCACGCCGCAUGCUGCCCGGUCUCGGGUGUCCUCUGGGUGCACCGAGGAGGAAUUGGAAAUACGUUCUGUCCGCUCAUGUCGGUCAAACUCGUCAACCGCUCACCACAGACUAUCGUUGACCCUGCCAAUCCCUAUCGCCCUGCCUACUGCCAGCCCGACUCGUCCGACUCUAGCUUCAUCCGCCACUCCCACUCCCGCCGAGACACCUCUUGUGCAAUCACCGUCAGAUUCGGGCGGGUUCAUCACGGCGAUCGCCGCCCAGGAACGCCGUGUGCUAGAACUAAGGGAAGAGCUUCAGCGGGCAGAAAAAGACUUACAGAGGCUCAAGCGCCAGUUUGAACACCAUGAGGCUCACAAGAAGCGACAAGAAGCCAGAGCCUCACGUCCACUGCGCAUAGUAACACCAACAAGCCUGAACAACGCUUUGCUCUCGGAGAAGGAGGAUGUCAGCGCGAGGCGGAACGCAGAAGUCGAGAGGCGUAAGGCUCUGCUUGCUGGGCAGCAAAGUGCUCCAGGAACGCCAGGAACACCAGGAACUCCCGGCCAAUCACGUCGGAGAGUUUUCCCGGGUGGUCACACGCGACAGUUGUCGCUGCUGUCGCCAACAAAAUCAGAUAGCGGUGGAGAUUUCCGCGUGCAUGAGGAUCCUCUAGUGGAUGAUCUCAAGACCUCGUCCAAGGAGCUUGAUGAGCAAUUCGCCAAUAUUGUACGGUAUGCGCCUAUUACGCCGGCUCAGCUGUCAAAACGCGCGUCUUGGGCUCCUCGUACUGUCCACCAGCAGGCUGCAAGUGGUGUCAAGCAAAUAGCCGAGGACUUCCGAACGGGGCUUUGGACGUUCGUCGAAGACUUGCGACAGGCAACCGUGGGCGAUGAGCCGAUCCACGGCGGUCCACAGUUGAGGCGUGGUUUUGAGGGUAAUGCCAGACACAAACGUCAGUCAUCCACCCUCGGAACAUCUACCUCGAUCUCCGAUGAGCACUUUGACCAGGAAACCAUACGUGCAUCUGCACAUUCGACGAGGACUCAUGUGGCUAGAGCAUUUGAGGAAGUCGGAACCCCAAGCCCUGCGUCCAGAUUCACCAAUCCGUUGGAGGGAGAAGCUUCCAAUGGUAACAGCCACCAGCGUACUCUGUCAAAGAACGACAAGCAAGCCAAGCGGUUCUCGUGGACUCCGUUAUCAAUGGACUCGCUGGAUGACGCCGACUGGCUCAACUGGGAGAGCCCUAGUAUUACUGCAAACAAGUCCCCUCGGUGGAGUGGUAGCACGGUUACCGGCGACACUAUUCCAGAGAAGCUUGAUGAGAACGAGCCUUUGCCCGUCAUCAUCGCCGAAGACAUGAUCGGUGUGGCCAUGUACGAGCUUGUCAGAGUCGGUCACGACCAGCUUGUCGGUGAGGUCAUUCGCAUCAGCGGCGACCGUGCCACAAUCCAGGUUUACGAAGAGACGGCCGGCGUGCAGGUCGGCGACCCCGUCCUCCGGACUGGAAAGCCUCUCUCAGUCGAGCUUGGCCCCGGUCUCCUCAACAACAUCUACGAUGGUAUCCAGCGUCCGCUCGAGAAGAUUUCUGAGAUGUCGAAGAGCAUCUAUAUUCCCCGCGGCGUCGCGGCGCCCGCCCUCGACCGCAAGAAGAAGUGGGACUUCACCCCUACCAUGAAGGUUGGUGACCAUAUCUCUGGCGGAGACGUCUGGGGUACCGUCUACGAGAACUCUUUCAUCAAGGUGCACAAGAUCCUGUUCCCGCCCAGGGCACGUGGAACCAUCACCAAGAUCGCCGACAAGGGCAGCUAUACCGUUGUGGACGAGAUCCUUGAGGUCGAGUUCGACGGCAAAAAGACAAAGUACGGUAUGAUGCAGACGUGGCCCGUUCGUGUGCCGCGUCCCACGACGGAGAAGCUCUCGGCCGACAGCCCUUUCCUUGUCGGCCAGCGGGUGCUGGACGCCCUCUUCCCCAGUGUUUUGGGCGGCACCGUCGCCAUUCCGGGAGCUUUCGGCUGUGGCAAGACUGUCAUUUCCCAGUCCGUCUCCAAGUUCUCAAACAGUGAUGUUAUCGUCUACGUCGGAUGCGGCGAGCGAGGCAAUGAGAUGGCUGAAGUGUUGAAGGAUUUCCCCGAGCUUGAGAUCGAAGUCGAGGGCCGCAAAGAGCCCAUCAUGAAGCGCACCACCCUUAUCGCCAACACAUCCAACAUGCCCGUGGCCGCGCGUGAGGCCUCGAUUUACACAGGAAUUACAGUAGCCGAGUACUUCCGCGACCAGGGCAUGAACGUUGCCAUGAUGGCGGACUCGUCAUCGCGCUGGGCUGAGGCUCUCCGUGAAAUUUCGGGUCGUCUUGGUGAGAUGCCUGCUGAUCAGGGUUUCCCUGCGUAUCUGUCUGCCAAGCUUGCUUCCUUCUACGAGCGUGCCGGCAAAGUCAACGCCUUGGGCUCACCUGAGCGCGGCGGAAGUGUCAGCAUCGUCGGUGCCGUCAGCCCGCCCGGUGGUGAUUUCUCGGAUCCCGUGACGACGUCGACCCUGUCCAUUGUCCAGGUCUUCUGGGGUCUGGACAAGAAGCUGGCACAGCGCAAGCACUUCCCGUCUAUCAACACUUCUCUUUCGUACAGCAAGUACACGAUGAUAUUGGAGAAGUGGUACGAGAAGGAGCACCCCGACUUCCCGCGUCUGCGUGACCAGGUCAGGCAGCUGCUCUCAGACUCAGAGGAGCUCGACCAGGUCGUGCAGCUCGUCGGCAAGUCGGCACUCUCGGACCCGGACAAAAUCACACUUGACAUGGCUACGCUGCUUAAGGAGGACUUUUUGCAGCAAAACGGCUACAGUGACUACGAUCAGUUCUGCCCCAUCUGGAAGACGGAGUGGAUGAUGCGCCUGAUGAUGGGUUUCCACGACGAGGCGCAGAAGGCGAUCGCACAGGGCCAGAGCUGGAGCAAGGUGCGCGAGGCUACUCAGGACCUGCAGGCCAAGCUCAAGAGUCUCAAGUUCGAAGUGCCGACCGAAGGCGAAGAGGUUAUUUGCAAGAAGUACGAGGCCAUCCGAAACGAAAUGCUUGAAAAGUUUGCAUCUGUCAUGGACGAAUAA